GAAUUGCAUGUGUGGUAAAGAGGCUCAAAGAAAGCUCGCUAGAGGAGAUAAGAUUAUAGUGCUUGUUAAAGGCUUAGCUAUCUUCACAACAAGCAAAGCAAACAAUGGCCUCAGCAUCUCUUCUCAAGUCAUCUCCUGUCCUAGACAAGUCUGAGUGGGUGAAGGGCCAAACCCUUCGCCAACCCUCAGUCUCCGUUGUCCGGUGCCUCCCCAACGCCCCAUCACCCCUCACUAUCCGAGCUGGAUCUUAUGCUGAUGAACUUGUCAAGACCGCGAAAAUUGUUGCAUCACCAGGGCGUGGAAUUUUGGCCAUGGAUGAGUCCAAUGCUACAUGUGGGAAACGUCUAGCUUCUAUUGGGUUAGAGAACACUGAGGCUAACCGCCAAGCAUACCGUACCCUCCUUGUCACAGCUCCUGGCCUGGGCAAUUACAUCUCUGGUGCUAUCCUCUUUGAGGAAACCCUCUACCAAUCCACCACCGAUGGUAAAAAGAUAGUGGAUGUUCUUGUUGAGCAAAAAAUUGUACCCGGUAUCAAAGUCGACAAGGGUUUGGUGCCCUUAGUUGGUUCCAACAAUGAGUCAUGGUGCCAAGGUCUUGAUGGCCUUGCUUCUCGCACAGCUGCUUACUACCAGCAGGGAGCUCGUUUCGCCAAAUGGCGUACCGUUGUCAGCAUUCCCAAUGGCCCAACUGAAUUGGCAGUGAAGGAAGCAGCCUGGGGUCUUGCCCGCUACGCUGCCAUUUCUCAAGACAAUGGGUUGGUCCCAAUUGUGGAGCCAGAAAUCUUGCUUGAUGGUGAACAUGGCAUUGAGAGGACUUUUGAAGUUGCACAGAAGGUGUGGGCUGAGGUUUUCUUCUACCUUGCUGAGAACAAUGUCUUGUUUGAGGGUAUUCUUCUCAAGCCUAGCAUGGUAACUCCUGGAGCUGAAUGCAAGGAAAGGAACACCCCUCAGCAGAUUGCCGAUUACACCCUCAAGCUCCUCCAGAGAAGAAUCCCCCCAGCUGUCCCUGGAAUCAUGUUUUUGUCUGGUGGCCAAUCCGAGGUUGAAGCAACCUUGAACUUGAAUGCCAUGAACCAAUCUUCAAACCCAUGGCACGUGUCGUUCUCAUAUGCCAGAGCCCUCCAGAACACCUGCCUUAAGACAUGGGGAGGCAGGCCUGAAAACGUCAAGGCAGCUCAGGAGGCACUGCUUAUCCGUGCCAAGGCCAACUCUCUUGCUCAGCUCGGAAAAUACACUGGUGAGGGAGAGUCAGAAGAGGCCAAGAAGGGAAUGUUUGUCAAGGGUUACGUUUACUAAGCUGCUCGCGCGAAAGAUAUAGAUGAUAAUGAUGAAGUAGAAGAAGAAGAGGCAGCAGAGGACAAUGAUGAUGAUGAUGGAUGGAUGGAUGGAGGAAUGCUAAUUUCUCUGGAAUGUGUAAUGCUUUAUAGCGUGGAGACUAUUUUUGUUAAUGAUUACAUGUACUUUUAGCCACUUAAUAAACUUAUUGAUGAUGAGAUUA